AUGAAAGAGUAUAGCAUUGUUUUGGAAUAUGUAGACGGAGGAACUCUUGAACAAUAUGUGAAAAACAAUGGUCCCCUCGAUGAGUCCACAGUAAGCGCCAUUGUCUCUCAAGUUCUAAUGGGUCUCGAAUAUUUGCAUAGUAAGAGAAUCAUUCAUCGUGAUUUGAAACCUGGAAAUAUUUUAAUCAGCGGAAAAGGCUGUGUUAAAAUUACUGAUUUUGGUGUGAGUGCACAAUUACUAAAUCUUGAAGCUAUUCGAACGUCCACAGUAGGCACUCCCCACUACACAGCACCUGAGGUCAUUUCAGUUCAACCCUAUAGCUUCACAGCUGACAUUUGGUCGCUUGGAUGUGUGAUUUUUGAGCUGUUGUUUGGAAAACGCCCUUACAAUGAAUUUAAUCAAGUUGCUGCCAUGUAUCACAUGGUACAAGACGAAAAACCUCCUAUACCACAGCCUAACAACUUGAGCCCGAUUUGUCUCGAUUUUAUUAACAAAUGUUGGACCAAAGAUUGGAAACAACGUCCUGGAGCUCGAGAGUUGCAGUCUCACCCAUUUGUCAACCACAGUGUUUUAACGAUCGAGAAAUUUAUCAAUCUUAAUGGUAGAAAAUCUGUCAUUCUUUCAUCCAGUCUUAAUACGGAUUAUUCACAAGACAAUUGA